AUGAUGUUCUUCACUCCCAUCAUCGUAGCUUUUCUUGCGUCUCUUGCCACAGCAGCACGUCCACAAUGUGCCCCACCAGCGCCUCCAGCACCUCCUCAAACAGUGUAUAAAACUCUCACCGAGACAGUCACUUCCUACAAGGUGAAGGACCCAAAGCCCACUCCUCCCCCAGCUCCGGCUCCUCUCCCAGAACAAGUUGUGGUCACGAAAAACGGAUACAUCACCUCUUGCGAUUACGGUGCUUCCAUCACUACCGUCUAUGUCUGGCCCACAGGCUCACCUAGCUAUGAUUCCACGGUUGCUCUCUUCGAUAUAUACAACAUUGCUAUCAAUGUAUAUAUCAUCAACAUCAACGUGGUGGUCAACAACUAUGGCGUCGCUGAAAUCGUCACCAAGACUAAGAGGGAAAAACCAACUUCGACUCCGGCUCCUCUUCCUCCGCUACUACCGGUGACUACCAAGUCGGUCUCUUCAACUUCGCCAACAAGCAAGCCGACUUCUACUACCAGCAGCCUAACCUCUCCAACCAGCAAACCCGUCUCGCCUACUUCUCCUACCAGCAAACCCGUCUCCCCAACCUCACCAACAAGCAAGCCAACCUCCCCAACCAGCAAACCAAUCUCCACCCCCUCUCCAAUCCCCAGCUCCAAGCCCGCCUCCUCCCCAGCACCCAGCUCCAAGCCAACAAUCCCCUCACCCAUCCCAAGCCCCAGCCUCAAGCCUUCCGAGCCCGCUGUGAAGCCAACUACACCACUGGCUGGCAUCCCCGUCAAAUCGUCCGAGCCUGAUGUGAAGGCUACGCCAGCUCCUGCUCCAAAGAUGGUGCGUGAGUGGAAUGCGUUGAUGGAUUCUUUGUUUCUGUGUGUAUUUGGCGGAGAAGGGGGAGGGGAAGGGGGAAUGGAAAAAAGGGAUAGCACAUGUUUUAUCACUCUCUUGAUCUUGGAUUAUAUUUUCGUCUUUACAUUUUCUUUGUGGGCAAAGGGGAGGGGGGAAAUAAUUGGGUGUUGA